CCCGAGCCUGGGGGCGGGGCCUCAUGGCAGAGUGAAGACCCGCUUCUCUGACCUCUAGGCCAGGGGCGGGGCCUGAAGGCGGGGCGGAGGCGGGGAGGAGGCACCGGGCCUCAGACGCCCUAAGGUAGCUGACAGGACCGCAGCGGCUCACCCCUCCCUUUCUACAAACGUGGUUGGGCAUCUGGCGCUAGCACAGCCGCUAGAAGAGGGCUCCGGGCGGGAGAUGACAGUGGUGUGCUCGCUGCUUGGCCCUCUGCGAGCACUGGCUUCCCUUCUCCUUGCAGCCGGAGUUGCAGACCUAGCAAGUGAGGCUCCUUCAUACUCCACCAAAAGCCAUAUUCAGCUUGGAUAAGUGAUUACCAUGUGUUGGCUGUGAUUAGAUUGUAAGAACUCAACUUGAAGUAGGUACUGACAUUGGCACCUCACAGAUGAUAAAGUGAAGCACAAAAACUUAAGUUUUGGGUUCAAAGUUGAGACCAGUUUGGAAGUGGAGGGAGAGAGAAAAUGGAUUCUUAUUUCUCAGCAAAGAACUCAACUUUUGCUGUUAAUAUGAAUGAGACUUUGUCUGCCACUCAUGGAUUUAAUUCCACCAAUGACCCACCUUCAAUGUCAAUAACCAGGCUUUUCCCAGCCUUACUAGAGUGCUUUGGCAUAGUCCUUUGUGGCUACAUAGCGGGAAGGGCCAAUGUCAUAACAUCAACACAGGCCAAAGGACUGGGGAAUUUUGUCUCCAGAUUUGCCCUUCCAGCUUUAUUAUUCAAAAACAUGGUUGUGCUUAAUUUUUCCAAUGUGGAUUGGGCUUUUCUAUACAGUAUCUUGAUUGGCAAAGCCUCUGUAUUUUUCAUUGUAUGUGUAUUAACCUUAUUGGUUGCCAGUCCUGAGAGUCGAUUUAGCAAAGCUGGACUCUUCCCUAUUUUUGCUACACAAAGUAAUGACUUUGCUUUGGGAUACCCUAUAGUUGAAGCUCUGUACCAAACUACAUACCCAGAAUAUCUCCAGUACAUUUAUUUGGUGGCACCAAUAUCUCUUAUGAUGUUAAACCCUAUAGGGUUUAUCUUCUGUGAAAUCCAGAAGUCAAAAGACACUCAAAAUGCUUCUCAAAAUAAAGCAAAAAUCGUGGGACUUGGAUUUCUACGUGUGUUACAGAACCCGAUAGUAUUUAUGGUCUUUGUUGGCAUUGCCUUCAAUUUUAUUCUUGAUAAAAAGAUCCCUGUGUAUAUGGAAAACUUUCUGGAUGGGCUUGCAAAUUCCUUCUCUGGAUCAGCCCUGUUUUAUCUUGGUCUGACCAUGGUAGGAAAAAUCAAGCGACUGAAGAAGUCCGCCUUUGUGGUACUUAUUCUUCUCAUCACAGCUAAACUCCUGGUGCUGCCCCUUCUGUGCAGAGAAAUGGUGGAGCUCCUGGACAAGGGUAACAGCGUAGUGAACCAUACAAGUCUGUCAAACUAUGCGUUUCUGUACGGCGUCUUCCCCGUGGCUCCAGGCGUGGCUAUCUUUGCAACACAAUUCAACAUGGAAGUAGAGAUUAUAACCUCAGGCAUGGUAAUAAGUACAUUUGUGUCUGCUCCAAUCAUGUAUGUCUCUGCCUGGCUAUUAACCUUUCCUACUAUGGAUGCUAAGCCAUUGGCAUAUGCCAUCCAGAAUGUUAGUUUUGAUAUAAGUAUUAUCAGCCUGGUCUCCUUGAUCUGGUCUCUGUCUAUUCUUCUCCUGAGUAAGAAAUAUAAGCAGCUCCCUCAUAUGCUUACUGCUAAUUUACUCAUCGCUCAGACUAUUGUUUGUGCUGGAAUGAUGAUAUGGAAUUUCGUUAAAGAAAAAAAUUUUGUUGGACAAAUUUUGGUGUUUGUUCUAUUGUACAGCUCCCUGUACAGCACCUAUCUAUGGACAGGCCUUCUCGCAGUUUCUCUGUUUCUUUUAAAGAAACGCGAGAGCGUUCAGAUCCCCGUGGGAAUCAUCAUCAUAUCUGGCUGGGGGAUCCCUGCUCUCCUCGUGGGUGUGCUUCUGAUAACUGGAAAACACAAUGGAGACAGCAUUGACUCAGCCUUCUUUUAUGGAAAGGAGCAGAUGAUCACCACAGCAGUCACCCUGUUCUGCAGCAUUCUCAUAGCUGGGGUGUCACUCAUGUGCAUGAACCGCACCUCCCAAGCUGGUCACUACGAAGGUUUCGGUCAAUCUCAGAACCACAAACCAGUAGAGCCUGGAAGCACUGCAUUUGAGGAAAGCCCAGCACCAACAACUGAACCAGAACUCUUCCCAAGGCCUGUCCCAGAAACAAGUUGCUGUUCUUGCUCCUUGGGGAAUGGUGAAUUAGGCUGUCCAUCAAUAGAGCCAGUAACGAACUCAAGUGCUAGUGGGCCUGUGCCUUCUUCCUUUGAGAAAACCGAGCACUGUGUGAGCCGCUGUGACUCCCAGAGCUGCGUCCUUGCCCAGGAAGAAGAGCAGUACCUGCAGAGUGGAGACCCACAGCUGACCCGACAUGUCCUGCUGUGCUUGCUGCUCAUCAUCGGCCUGUUCGCUAAUCUCUCUAGUUGUCUGUGGUGGCUGUUCAACCACGAGACGGGACGGCUCUAUGUUGAAUUACAGUUUUUCUGUGCUGUGUUUAACUUUGGCCAGGGAUUUAUUUCCUUUGGAAUCUUUGGAUUGGACAAACAUUUAAUCAUCCUACCUUUCAAAAGAAGGCUUGAGUUCCUGUGGAACAACAAAGAAGCAACAGAAGACAGAGAAGCCCCAGUUUCCGAGGAAAUAAAAAUGACCUGUCAACAAUUUGUACAUUAUCACCGUGACCUGUGCAUCCGAAAUAUCGUCAGAGAAAGAAGGUACAGAAUAUGCUGCAGCAGGAAAUGAUGAACUAUGUAUGAAUAAUCAAAUAUUAUGGUGUUGAUAGUUCUAGUUGUAUUGAGGAAGUAAAACUAAGAAAAUAUGAAGAACCUAACACAUUUAUGUGUAUUUAUAAAAAUUUGGAGAUUAGUAUUCAAGAUAGUUCAUUUUUAAGCUUCAUACCACUGUGCUCAACAUGCAUGCCAUCACAAUCACAAGAAUAUAGCCUGGCGAAGGAAGUGUGGGGGGCGCUCACCGAGUAUUAACAUUUAAACUCCUGAGCUGGCACUUCUUGGCUAUGUGAGCCUUGGCAAGUUCAGUUCUCAAAAUCUCAGAUUUCCUUUUCUUUGAAGAAUCCUACCUCUGGGGCUGGAAAAAUGGCUCAGCAACUGAAAGCACUUGUUCUUACAGAGACCCAGCUUCCUAGUUUCCAGCACCCACAGGGAGGCUCACAAAAGUCUGUAACAACAGUCUCAGGGGAUCCGACUCCCUGUUCUGGCCUCCUGGGCACCAGGCAUACACAUAGUACACAUACAUACAUGGCAGACACAACACUCAUGCACAUAAAAUAAUAAUAAGUAAACCUUAGAGAAAAAUCUAACUUUGGUGGCCUUUGAUGUCUGUGACGAGCCUUGCCCAAUGGCCAACAAUGAUGAACUCUGAGAAAAAGCUACUUUUCUACCUUGAAAGGCUGAGCAUAAUUUCAGGAUCUAUAGAUAAAUCUUUAAAUUUUUUUUAUUUUAGAGAAAAUUCACAUUAUCUGUCAGAGUAUUGUGCUUGCCAACUGUCAGGAAGCAGAGCUCUUAACAUUUGCUGAGCUCCCAGGUCCCAGAUGGCUGGAUGGGCCCCAGAUGCUAUGAGGCAGCUCAUCCCUGCUCCUGCCCGGGGUCUGCAGCCUGCACUGUCACACUCACUGACACUCUGUACUAUUCCAUAGGCUCCUGCCUGGUCACAGCAAUCAAGGGCCAGAGACCCUCAGUCAACGCUGGGGCGGAAGGUAGAGCCUCGAUGUUGAAAAGGCCCAGACACAGACUCUGUCCUUGAAAUUUCAUGUAUUUGAAAAGAUCUCUACAUCAUUAACUUCUCUCUGAUUUGUAUAUGUGGAACUUUGUACUUGUGGUAAAAAUGCUUUAGAUUUUUCCACACCUAUUUGUCACCUCAUCUUGUUCCUCACCCUCUAUUUCCUGUUGUCAGGCACUUUAGAUUUCACAGCUUGAUUGGCGCCUGUUGAGAUUCUUGCUGUCUCGUGCACAUUUGUAUGAAAAUGUUCAUAAUUCAUGUCAUUGGGUUUUUUGUUUUGCAUAUCCUUCUCUUCUGUAUCUGCUCAUACUUAAGGCAAUCCAAAUUUGCAUUAGAAAGACAAAUAUUAAAUGAUCAGGAAGCUUUAAAUAAAACUCAAAGCACACUUCUUAAGGCAGAUUGGUUUUUACUGUUAGUGGGCAUGCCUGUGGAGGUCAGAAGAGGGUGUCAGAUUCCCUGGCAGCUGGAGUUACAGCAAUUCUGAGCUGCACGGUAAAGAUGCUGACAGCUGAAGUGGGGUCCUCUGGAAGAACAAUGAACACUCCUAACCACUGAGCCAUCUCUCCAGUCCCACACUGUACUUUUAAACUCUUGGGUUUGCUGUAGGCCAGAGCUCACUUGCUUGCUCCUUUACUCCCAAUGAAGCAAGUGGCUGCACUGGCUGCCGAGGGGAGGAAACUAUUUGUGGGUACUAUAAGUUGAAAAGAAAGCUUAAUUUUGUUUUAAUUUAAUAAACUAAGUUAAUAAAAGGAA